UUCAAACACCCACCCACACACACACACACACACACAUACACACACGCACACAUGCACCCCAGCGACGACAGCAGCAUCGGUCCGAGCCCCUCGCCGCUACUCCGAGGCACAAAGCGAGCAGAGCAGCUCGCUAGAAGACGAGGACGUUCCCCUACUGCCUUCACGGCACCGGGAGGAGCGGACGCGGUGGAGAAGAGGAGGAGGGCUUCUUUUGGAAGGUGCUAGAUAAUUCAACAGCAGUGCUGGGAAGAAGCGGAGAAGAGAAGAGAGGGAGUGAAGGCGGUGAAGCCGAUGCUGCUGCUGCUGCUGGAAGGAAGAGGCUGAGAAAUCAUCCCUAUCGACUUGCAGAUGUGGAAGAAGCACCAGUCAAGUUCUCGUCCUGCGUUUUCGGCCCAGUGAUUGCAGCCCAGAGAGUAGAAGGAGGCAGCAGAACUCGGCAGGCCAUGGAUGUUAAUCUCAGCCAGAAUGUGGCUUGGCUCCUGCCUUUCUUCUUUCUGCUGCUGAUGGUCAACGUGCGGUCCUCCCAGGGCCAAGGAUGUCCUCAGCGUUGUGACUGCAUCGCCAAACUCAAGAUGGUCUCCUGCCAUGGUAAGCGUCUGUCUACAUUGCCUGAAGGCAUCCCACUGGACAGCAGGAUCCUGGACCUGAGUGGGAAUAAACUCCGCUGGGUAGAGCAUGGUGAUCUGCUUCCUUUUCCCCGCCUGGAGAGGCUCGACCUCAGCGAGAACAUGAUCAGCGUCCUGGAACCAAAUGCUUUUUCUAGUCUCCAGAGCCUGCAGAGCCUUUCGCUGAGGGCCAACCAGUUGAAGUUGGUCCCAAUGGGGGCUUUCUCACACUUGUCCAACCUCACCUCAUUGGACUUGAGUGGGAAUAAGAUUGUGAUUCUUUUAGACUUUACUUUCCAAGACCUAAAAAGUCUGAGGGAUCUGGAAGUUGGAGACAAUGAUCUGGUGUAUAUCUCCAACAAGGCCUUUUUGGGUCUGGUGGGUCUGAGGGAGUUGACCAUUGAAAGGUGCAACCUGACAUCUGUGUCAAGCCAAUCUUUGUCUUACCUUCAUAACCUGGUCACACUGCGACUGCGCUACCUCAGCAUCUCUACAUUAGAGGACCAGAAUUUCCGUAAGCUGGGAAACCUAAGGGGCCUGGAGAUUGAUCACUGGCCCUUUUUGGAGUACAUCUCCCCCCACAGCCUGCAAGGUCUUAACUUGUCGUGGCUGUCCAUCACGCACACCAACCUCACCUCUGUUCCCACCUCGGCCCUACGCAGCCUCUCCCACCUAACCAGCCUCAACCUCUCCUUCAAUCCUAUUUCCGUCCUGGAGUCCUGGGGGCUGCGGGACCUUCUCAGGCUGAAGGAGCUUCAUCUGGUCAACACCAGACUGGUAAUGGUGCAGCCAUAUGCCCUGGGUGGUCUCAGACAAAUCCGCCUCCUUAACCUUUCAGCUAACAAUCUAGUGACCCUGGAAGAGAGUGCUUUUCACUCAGUCAACACUCUGGAGACGCUCCGUUUGGACGGGAACCCCUUGGCAUGUGACUGCCGCUUGCUUUGGAUCCUUCAACGAAGAAAGACACUCAAUUUCGACGGUGCUUCCCCCGUGUGCAUGACGCCUGUGGAGGUGCAGGGCCAGGCUCUGAGCGCCUUCACGGACUCGGCCCUGUUUGACCAUUUCACCUGCCAGAAGCCCAAAAUCCGCAACAGGAAACUGCAGCAGAUAUCAGCUCGCGAGGGGCAGGUGGUGUCGUUUGUCUGCAGGGCGGAGGGUGAGCCCACGCCAGUCAUAUUCUGGAUAUCUCCUCAGCGCCGUCGCAUCACCACCAAGAGCAAUGGCCGCUUGACGGUAUUAAAAGAAGGCACCUUAGAAAUAAGGUACGCCCAGGUCAUGGACAGUGGAACCUACAUCUGCAUCGCCAGUAAUGCUGGUGGAAAUGACACUUACUUUGCCACGCUCACUGUCAGUGGUCUUCCACUCGACGCCGCCCUCUUGGGCAACCGCACCUACUAUGCCGGGGACCUCAACGACACCAACCUAAAUGACACCAGAGUCUUCCUGAAGUUCACCCUGGACCUCAAGACCAUCCUUAUCUCCACAGCAAUGGGCUGUAUCAUGUUCCUGGGGGUGGUCCUCUUCUGUUUUAUCCUGCUUUUUGUGUGGAGUCGUGGGAGAGGACAACACAAAAACAAUUUCUCAGUGGAAUACUCCUUCAGAAAGGUGGAUGGGCCCGCCGCCAGCGGAGGGCAAGGUGGUGCACGCAAAUUCAACAUGAAAAUGAUUUGAUCUUACAGGAGCAGGUGUACUUUUUUAUUGUGACUUUGCUAAUACCUGAGAGGAUACCAGGACUCCGCUGCUUGAGAGCAAUUAAAACUUAAGGACUUAAGGCUCUUAAAAAGAAAAAACUUCAGCCGGGAUAGGCUCCAGCUCACUUAUGACCUUGAACAGGAUACACAUUCUAGACAAUGAAUAGAUGAACUUCUCCUUCACUUAAUGCUGUUUUGAAAUGUCAAAGACAUUAAUCAUUUGCUCUUUGUGCUCGCAACAUAUAACACAAUGUCAGGACAUCUUGGGGGAAAAAAACUGACUUGACUAAAAAGAAACCGGUGAGAGAAACUGAAAAUUUUAAUCCAAAUGUAUUUUUAAGAGAAUUUAAUCAAAUUUUGUAUGAAAAGUAACACACUAUAGGGUAAAACAGUCUUAGCUACAAUGCAUGUUUGGAUAAUUGGAGACUCAGAAUUUUCCAUAGGUGUGAAUGGUUGUGUCACUUUAUGGCAAUUUUCUAAUUCAUUAACAGUGAAAAAGUGUAAAAAAAAAAAUGUUGUUACAGUACCAAACUAAAGAUAUUUGUAGUUUUGCAGGGAAAAAGUUCUAAUUACGAGUUACGAGAAGAUAGUCAGAAUGUAAUGGGAAACUAAAUAACGGUUCUGAUGUUACAAUUAGUAAUGUUACCAUAAAAUUGUGAUGUUUAUUAUACACACCAGUCAUAGCAGAAACUUAAUUCAUUGUUAAUUUUUUUUAUGAAUGAAUGUUGCUAACAAAUAAUCACUAACGCCAAUCGCUCAUCCAUUUUGAAAGUAUAGCAUUUGUUUGGAAAAAUCUGUACUUUUCAAUACAUGCCUUUUUUUGGUCUACAUCACUUCAAGGGUUUUAUUAAAAAAUAAAAUUACUCACAGUUCAAGAGCAGGAACAGUGCUUAACUUUUUGUACAACUGCCUACUAUAUUCUCAUCCAUGGCAAAUAUGGACGCAUAUUAAUAAAUAAAAUGACAAUUUAUUUCCAGGUUAGUGCUCUUCAAUGAAUGCCAUGGACUUGCCAAAUAUAUCUUUAUUUAUAUUCCAAAUUAUUUACGACUAGGCUUAUAAGUGAGGAACUGUUUUGUUGCUAUGGUACCUCACAAUUAACGGCGCAGGUGCACAUGCAGAUGUUAAAAUGAAUACACUUGAUCUGCAAACACUGUGUGUUAAAGAUGGAUGACUUGUAGUGUACAUACAGCUCGGAGAAGAUGUGUAUCAAAGGGAAUAUACUGUAUCAAAUGUACGAAACAUUUAACAGUUAUGGCAUCCUUGUGCUUGUUUUCUAGAACUGUUGUGCAGUCACUUUUUACCAUCCGGCUUUUGCAGCGUUUUUCUCAUCAAGACAGAUAUUGCACUGAGACAUGAAUGCUCCCUGUGCUCACACAACAGAUCAGAGAGGGCAUUUAUUUUAGGUUUGGGUUGACUCACCUCAUUUUUUUAGGCAGCAGCAGAUAACGUUUGAGUUUUGUGUCGGGGGCCAAAUGUGCUAAUGACAUUGUGUACUAGAACGAAACACUGGAAUGAAAAAGGACCUCAAUGGACAACCGCCUAGUUCGUAUUAGAAGAUUGAUGGUUGCAAAGGCUCAGAUCAUUUUUGGUAAAAAAAUUAAUUAAAAAAAAAAGACACAUUUCCAUUGGAAUGGAUUAGGGAUGCUCCGAUCAGGGUUUUAUGCUGCCGAUUUCGAUUAUCCAUGAGUGAGGUCGGCCGAUACGAUGCUGAUCCCAUGGAUUAACUCUACAUUUUUCAAUGUAUUUAUGAUGAGUGCUAUUGGUCAGGAGCACCGUUAGACAAUUCCAAGGGCCCCUGGCAAAUAGGUGAUUAUUAAAAAAUAAACGUUUGGGCGGCCUGUCUUUUUUUUUUGCCUUUGUGUGAAACAAUUUUUGUACUAUUUGACACAAACCUGAAUUUAAUGCAUGCUUUGGAGUAAUACAAAUACAUGGGAAAUAAAUUGUUCGAUAAAUUAUUUUUUAGCUAACGAUAACAAAAUGAACUGAAUAAAAUAAUACAAAUAAAUAUCUUUGUUAAAUAGAAACCUGUCCUGCUCAACUUAAAACAGAAUAAAUUCAGUGUCCGGGCUGCAGGGGUCUCCGACUUUCUUCACUAUGAGAGCUGUCAAUUAGUUGUGAUUUAUUUAUGACUGGCAAUAUCUAAAUUGUACACUACUUUAUUUACCAAGAAGAUCUACACUUAAACAGUGUGGACAUCCUCUUUAUGCUAUUUUGUGCUCAUUUGCCAUUAUAUAAAAGCAUAAAGUCUGAUUUUAACAGUUAAAAUAAAAAACUACUAAGAGUUUAAGCAAAUAUUCUUUGACCGUGUGGUGAGCUUCUCAAAAUCAACUGGAGAGAUAGGAGACAUUGUGAUAAAGCUGGACACACUAUGUGUUUGUGUUCAUUAAACAACAACACACAGAUAGUGUUUUGAGGACAAGAUAUAAUUAGUAUUAUGACAACAGGAUAGUAAAAUUGUUCAGUGACACUUGAAAAAGUUAGUACGUACCCCAUGAAUGUACAAAACAAACAAAAACAAGCUUUGAACUUGCUUGUUUGUUUUAAAAUAAAAACAAAAUGUCACUGUGGUAAAUAGUCACAGGACCAGAAGCUAGGCAGAUAACCCUAGCUAGCGAGCUAACUGCCACAAAUAUAAAUUACAGUCAGUGACAGCUCGGCAAAGCGUGUAAACAAAGAUGGGCAAUAGGUUUGGUAAGGGAGUGAUCAAUCAUGCUGGCAUGGAUUGGCGUAGCCCGUGUCAAGCACAAUACGAGACGCGCCAACCCUACGUGACACAGCAGACAGUGCUGUAGGUUUUGCCGCCGCACGCCAAACAUUUUUUGUCAUCGGCUUUGAGAGACGUUUAGCGGCAAACGCCGAUCACAUGUUUUUUACGGAAAUCGGCCGAUAUUGAUCGGUGGGCGAUCGAUCGGGGCAUCCCAAGAAUGAAUGGCCAUAGACUGGCGAACAAUGCUAUGGUCAUAAGAACGCAUGCAUCAAACUAAUACAGUGCCAUCUCUAAAGUUGAAAUCCCCCGAAAAGUGGUCAAGUUUACAGUUUGACUUUAAUUUUUCUGGAAAAAUAUGCCUCAAAAUGUAAAACUUGGAGGUGACAUCUUUUUUGAUUUUUCAGAAAGGAAAAACGCAAUUCUAACCAUAGAGCAGGAAAUGGAAUUUACACUAUAAAGUGUCUGUCUGCUCAGUACAAUAUGAGCAAUCUAAUUAAUAAAAUAUCACCGCUUUUAUUUAAUACAAAAAACAAUUUUACCAAGAAGAUGGUAACAUAAAUAGCAUGGUGGUCGAAGGCUUUAUUUUUACCAUUCAUUACGAAAAUCUUUACAUUACAUGACAUGAUUAAAGUUGUAAUAUUAUGAGACACAAACAAAACAAAAUAAAGGUGGAAUUUUUGGAAGGGUCGGGGAAAAAGUUAUAACAGUAUGGGAAUAAAGUCAAAAUAUUAUGGGAAUACAUUUUGUAAUAUUACAAAGGAAAAUUUCCAAAGAUUACUUAAGAAGAAAGAUUAAAUAUUUGACAAAAAAAAAGAGACAAAUUGGAAAAAAAAAAGCAAAGACUGAAGUUCAUAUACUAUACUAUACUAUACUAUACUACAUAAUACUCUUUUU